GAGUGGUCCCUCACGAUUCGGUCCUGUCAUCAACUUCAUUGCUUCGUCUGAGCUGAAGCAGUGCGCACCAUGUUUCCGCAUCUCACCGUUUUAGUGGUAGCCCUUGGUGUGGCUGUAGCCGCGCCCAAGGCUCACAAGCACCACUGGAGCUGCCACGAGUCCGGGCGCGGGGCGCGCUUCGAGGAGCAGCAUGCCGUCGGCACCUGGAUACUGUUGCGUAUGAAGACUGAGGCGACUAACGCCGUCGACAACACGCAUUGCGUGGACUUCUCGCGCGUCAAUGAGGAGGAACGAAAUGGCCUCAAACAGCUAAUCGCCCAAUAUGUGGAGAACCUGGAGUGGAAGAACAUAACCCUCAAGAUGCAGAUACCGUGCGCGCAGUCCAACGCCACCCGCCGGGCGACCUACUUCCUGGAGCGGCGGGAACACCACGGCUCCUACCGAACUCUUCAGAUGCCAGCCAAUAAUGCCAAGUUCGACCUGGCGGAGUUCCACCGCUACCCGAUGCGGCUGAAGCUACUGGAGGGCCGCUACCUACACAUGCUGGACUGCGUGGACCACGUGGCAUUCCUUAUGGGCCGCACACACAGCGUCGACGACCGGCUGCGCGCGCUGCUCGACGCCUUCUGGCCUGAUGAUGCCUCCCCCGCCAACCAACUCUAGGGAUCCUUUGGUUGUCGAUGUCCGAGUCGAAGAAACAGGCGUCAAGGCAGAUUCAC